AUGUUUGUUACGAAAAGGCUCUCCCGAGGUGACCUUGCCAAUCUCAUUGGCAAAGACGAUGCUCUGCGCAAAGAGAUAUGCACUGGAGUCACGACAAAGGCUGAUGGCAUGUUCCUUCUGGCAAAGCUACAUGUGGAUCUACUGGCCCAGACUAUAAGUCGCGGUAGGCUCCGAGAAGAACUGGGUAAACUGCCAAAAACAAUAAAUGGCAUGUUUGAUAAGGCACUUACUGAGAGAGUGAAUAAGCAGGGAGAUGAUAAGAAAAAUCUUGCGCAUGCGAUUAGGGAUGUGCACCGUAUCCGUAGUAUGGUGGUUACGUACGGUGUAUACGGAUACGGGUCCAUAUCGUGGAUGACUUUAACGAACCCAAAAUACAGCCGUAUUCAUACGAUAUCCAUCGUCGUCGUCAAAGUGUCCGUAUACGGACAACGGUACGGACACGCCUUUGCCAGGCGCCCUUUGACUGUGUUGGAGCUGUGGCAUGCAUUGGCUUUGCAAUGGGGUACAGAACCCUUUGAGCCCGACAACCUCUGUGACAUUAACAUUUUGGGAAUGUCUGUGCUGGGACUUGUUGUCAUGGACGGGACAUACAGAAGCUCAGGUCCUUUUCAAAAGCUGAAGAUGAAUUUGCUAGAUUAUACAGUGCAGGAGUAUUUUAUAUCUCAACAAGACAGACUUUUCCCUGACAUCCAAAAGCAAAUUACACUCACCUGCCUGAUGUAUAUGCGUAACCCUGCCCUUCACAUAUCCAACCACUCCCACCGAAACCCCAUUCCAGGGCCAAUUCCGGGGCCAAUUGCAUACAUUGUCAUAGGUUCCGUGGCAUUCAUGACCAAAAAAUUAAUUGAAGAGUAUCCGUUCCUCGCCUACUCCACCUGUUUCUGGCACGUCAUAGACAAGUUGCAAACACUUUCCGAAAGGGCAACAUCGAAUCCCGGCCCAGACUACACGGCACUUCACUCUGCAGUGCAUUAUGGUUUGGUGCACAUCAUGAAGGUUCUUCUGGACCGAAGAAGGCCCGAUCCUCAUGAACCUGAGGCAGUGAAACUGCUCCUGUCACGAGGCGAUGUCGACUUCAAUCAGGCUGACCCGGAGACAGGACGUACACCACUCAUGGAGGCAGCACGUGAAGGUCAUGAAGAGAUGGUCAAGGCGAUCUUGGACUUCAGAGAGUCAGCAUUAUUCCGUACCAUUUAUGAUGCUCAUCAAGGAGUAUUUGGGACCUUGCCUGCGACAACUGGUAUCAAUGCUGCUUUGAAUAACAAAGGAGCCGAUUCCCCACUUCCCAUUGCUAUGCAUUAUACCCGGUCUGACACACCCUUGGGACGAGUUGAUCCAGAUGCCCAGUCACCUUUGACGCAAUGGACACCCUUAUUUUAUGCCGCAGAAUCUGGGCACCCAAAUAUCAUUGAGAUGCUAUUACAGACAGGUCAGGUUGAUGUGAAUAGGAGGGACCACGAGGGACAUACCGCCCUUAUGGUUGCGGCUUAUUACGGAAGAACAUCAGCUGUCAAAGCCUUACUGGCAAGCGCAAGAAUUGAUAUUAUGGCAAAAGACGAUAGUGAUGGUCAGGGGGGGAUUCAUGAGACGGUAGUAGUACUUCUCGAAGAAAAAGGAGCUGUGGUUAAGGAUGGUGAUUAUCAACCUACCUAUCUGACGACUGCCUACCUUCCCAAUGGGCAAUUAUAG